CUACUUCCUAAACCAUAGAACGCCAAUGAAAUGAUCCCUUAAAAGUCUAGUAAUGUUUAUUUAGUGCCACACUUGUCCUUCCAAGCGAUUAAUGUAACCUGAUUUCAAGCAGAUCAAAAUUUCCAAAAUGAGCUGCAAGGAUCAUGAGAACGAGAGACAAGCAGAAGAGAGUGAAGUAAUAGUGGUGAUAGUUCCUUUUCCUGCACAAGGCCAUCUGAACCAGCUCCUCCACCUCAGCCGAAUCAUUUCUUCCUACAAUAUUCCAGUUCACUACGUUAGCACCGCGAUCCACAGCCGCCAGGCCAAGCUCCGAGUCCAGGGAUGGGAUCCUCUGUCAGCUCCCAACAAGAUGAUCACCUUUCAUGACUUCUCAACACCUUCUUUCGUCUCUCCUCCUCCCAACCCACACUCUGCAGCCAAAUUCCCUGCUCACCUUCUACCUUCUUUCUACGCUGCCUUGCACCUUAGAGCACCCGUGGGUGAACUACUAUCCGCUCUCUCUCCCACCACUAAAAGGCUUGUUGUGAUAUACGAUUUCCUGUUUUCUUCGGUCAUUCAGGAUGUGGUUUCAAUACCAAACGGGGAAGCCUACUCUUUCCAGUGUGUCUCAGCUUUCCGUGUAUCCUCCACUGUCUGGGACAUCACUGGAAAGCCUGUCGAGAUCGAUGAUCAGAUUAUGGAACAGCUUCCGUCCAGAUCAGCUACCGUCAUUCCACAAGUCAUGGAUUUCAUUAAAAUGCAGGAGGAGCAUAAUAAGUACAGCUCAGGUGUAAUUUUCAAUACUUGUAGACCAAUUGAAGGUCCUUUUCUUGAUGUGCUAGCCAAGGUCAACGCUAAACAAUGGGCGCUCGGCCCUUUUAACCCUAUGGAGAUCAGCAAUAAUUCAUCCGAUAGACGCCAUAGAUGCUUGAAGUGGCUAGAUAAGCAAGUUCCAAAUUCUGUCAUAUUUGUUUCUUUUGGCACGACGACUAGUUUGACAGAUGAGCAGAUUGAGCGUCUUGCAGUUGGGUUGGAGACCAGUGGACAAAAAUUCAUUUGGGUGUUGAGAGACGCGGAUAAAGGAGAUAUAUUCACGGGAGCUGUGAGAGAAUGUGAAUUGCCAAAAGGAUUCCAGGACAGAAUACAAGUUAGCGGGCAGGGGAUGGUAGUGAGAGAUUGGGCACCUCAGCUGGAGAUUCUGGCACACUCGUCGACAGGAGGAUUUAUGAGUCAUUGCGGAUGGAAUUCAUGCUUGGAAAGUAUUACAAUGGGAGUGCCAAUAGCAGCAUGGCCUAUGCACUCGGACCAACCCCAUAAUGCCUUGUUACUGACUAAGGUUCUUAAGAUCGCAGUUGUGGUAAGGGACUGGUCGCGAGGGGAGGAGUUGGUGGAAUCAUUGACGAUUGAGAAUGCUGUCAGAGAGUUGAUGGCAUCGAAUGAAGGUGAAGCGAUAAGGAAGAGAACAGCAGAGUUGAGUAUGGCCGUCAAGAGGUCAGUAACAGGAGGUGAGAUGGAUAAUUUUAUUGCUCAUAUACGAAGAUAGACAAACGUUACUACAAAUAUAAUGCCUGCAUCCACAACCUAGAUUCAACAAUAUCAGACACAACCCGAGAAGUACAAACAUGCUUUGGGGUUCCAAUUUCUACUUGUUCUUUCCUUUUUUUUGUUCCUCAUAAUUAGAAGUUUCACAGAUUGGGAUCCUUCUGCCAACUUGUUCCAAAACUAAUAUAAUUUAAAUGUGUUAUGUUAUGCCUACCUGUUUGUCAGUA